UAAGCGCCUCGUAAGUUAUGUCAUAUUGCAGUAAAAAUAUGAAAACGGUGGACAUGGCUGUUAGAAGCUACAUUAAAAAAUUAUUGUCUAUUACAUAUACAAUAUUCGUUCGCGUGUUUAUAAUUAAUUGCAAUACAAAAUGGGUGACCUGUAGAUAAAAAGGGAGGACGAAAAUAUAUUUAGAAAAAAAAAAUAGAAAUAAGAAGCACAAACUGUAUCCUCCAUUUCCGUAUUUUGGCCACCAAUUUCAUUCAUUAUUAGGAUUGUAUUACUGUUCUAAAAAAAAUAAGAAAUAUAAUUAAAAUCUCGUUUUUAAUAAUAAGCCAAUAUAUUCCGGUAAAUAGUAUAAUUAAGUCUAAAUUUGACAUAUGAAUUGAAGCCAAGAGACGUUGCAAUCCAAUAUAGCUUGUCAGAAAUGCUGCUUGAAUGCUACAAAAAGGAAUAUUUUUUGUCCAGAUUGUGACUGGUGAUGAACUGGCCUUAAAGAAAAAAAUUAUGUGUGAAACCUGUCCAAACAGCCGAAUAUCCAUGACAUCUUUGUUUGAUGGAGUUAGAAGGGCGUGAGCUUCUAAAACCGGUUGAAACUGUUAAUGGGUAACGGUUCGUCUAUAUGCUAAGCCUUGCCACUAGGCCAUCUAGCGGAACCGACUUGUAUCAAUUUUCGGUCCGAAGAAAAGGAAGAGCAGGCAACUAUAAAAUGUUAUGCGGCGGAAAUAGAAGCAAUGAAAGCCGCCUUGUGAUAAUUCCCACACAAAAAUCUCUUGAAAGUUUCAAACGCCGCCUUGAAAUGCUUACGCUGACUUUGGAGCGAUUAAUACGCGCUCUCACUGUGACCUGCCAGCUAUUCUGUAUGGCACCGAUACCAAAAACGAGAAAACGAAAAUUGAAUCGACUACGUCACCUUCAUUACGUUCACGCUUCCGUUAUACUCAUAAACAUUUACGUUUUCAGCUGGAAUUUUAUUGCAAACAUUGACCCAUCGCAUAUAACACUGAAUACAAUAUUUAGCUCGAGCGAAAUCGUCGUGGAUAAUCUCAUAUGUACAUUUUGUGUGUUCAACACCUUUUAUUCGGCAUCUAGUUAUCGUGAAAUAAGCCAAAAGUUUUUACAAAUCUUCAAGGAGUUAAAAGCGCUUGAACUGCCGCAGCAGCCUCCAGAGUAUAAUAUUUUGUCAGUGCUUUACAAGGAAUUGUGCCUUUACACUGCGGUUAUUUCAGUUCUGAUCAUAAUCCCUCUAGGUUAUAUUUUCGUUAAAGUGGAUUAUAAACUAAAUAUAUUUUUGCGUUUCUUUGGUUCUUAUCAUCUAUCCCAUAUCUUAGUAUUAUUUAAAUUGGGUCAAUAUUGGUUAGCUCUACGCUUCACAUAUCUACUUUAUAAACGUAUAAAUGAAACGCUCCGACAACGCAUAAAUCAUCUAGAUUUGCAUAGCUCACCGGUAAGGCAUGAAGUCAUUAUGAAUGCUGGAUCAUAUUCUUGGUAUAAGCGCGAGUUUUCUAGAACACACUGGGAUAAUUGUGAGAUUUUGGAGCGGCUACGUCGCUUGUACUCUGAUUUGGAUAAGCUUUUGGUGCAAGUGGUAAAUUUUUUUGACGCAAUUCUGUUACUCAACUUUCUAGGAUCGGUGUUUGGUUUUACAAUAAAUUUAUUUGAACUAUACAAAAGCCUUGAAGCACCACAAUGGAACAGAUUGCUAUGGCAUUUUCUCUAUGUCGUACGGGUGAUCAUCAUUCUGUUGGUAAAUAAAGCCGUUACGAAUGAGAAAUCUCGUACAGCAUUUGUGCUUAAUGCGCUCUAUAUUACAUCAAAAGAGAUGGAGCAUGCUGUAAAACGUUUUCUUCUACAUCUGAUGAUACGUAAGCCCGUUGAAAAAGUGUGUGGAAUAGUUGAACUGAACUUAAUGCUAUUUACGGGGAUUUUAAACAUCGCAAUCCAAUAUAUUACAUUUCUCAUACAAAUUGAUUUGAGCAAGGAUCCUUCGAAUAUACAUAAGAAGAUCGACAACAAAAAUUAAAAUAAAUAUUUUACCAAUCAAUUUAAAUACAAAUAAGCAUUUUAGAAAUAAAAACAAUUAAUUCUUUAACUCAAUAUUUCAACUGUAACUGUUAUUGCUGCCAACUCAAAAAAUAUUUAUUAA